AUGUCCGAAGCGCCACCUCAAUCGCAGAGUGAUGGUGACGUCACUGUGCUUACGCUCUCCAUCACUGGAAAAAUCGCGUUUUCUCGAGUCGGGAACCCGCUGGGGGCUGUUUCCCUGAGGAAAGUAGUGACGACAGAUGCGUCACUCGCAGUUUCUUCGGAGUCACCACGUAUUGGUCAGAUCAGACAAUACGACGGCGGUGGCGCAUAUAAAUCGCCAGGGCGGAACGCGCUCUCCUCGACUUCACCGUCUAGCGAGAUCUCGUGGUGUGGGGCAUGGAGCAUUUCCUGUCGCUGCGGCGACUCAUGUGCCGGGAAUGUUGAAUGCGGGCGGAUCUCUUGUCCAGGGAAAUCCCUGUACGGAGAGUGCCCACCCGUGGCCAAACGUUCUGCUUUACGCAUUUCCUCCUCUAAGUUUGAUCGUGCCGACUCUACAAAGAGUAAGAGAAGGCGGUCACUCUGUCAUACUAAUCGCUCCCAACUGGCCAGGGAAAGUGUGGCUGACGGAGAUUUUCCAACUCCUGCACGAUCGACCCUGGCCUCUCCCGUUGCGCAGGGAUCUCCUCUCGCAAGCGCGCGGAGAGAUUUUUCACCCGGCACUGGACAGAGUAGCUCUCUGGGCCUGGCUCGUGAGAGGAUGAAUCUCAGUGUCGCUGGUUUGCCUCCGAAGGUGAUUGAGACGAUUCAGAAUGCGAGAGCAGCUUCGACGCGCUCUGCGUAUGAUAGGAAGUGGAGUGUGUUUGAACUAUGGUGUGCUCAGAGACAUAUCAUCCCUUUUCACUGUUCUGUGGCAGAUGUGUUGUGCUUUUUGCAAGAACUUUUGGAUAAGGGCAGGGCGUUCUCAACCGUUAAGGUUUAUCUCGCCGCUGUUUCUGCUUGCCACAUAGGGAUUGACGGUAAUACUAUCGGUCAUCACCCGCUCGUGUGCAGGUUUAUGAAGGGAGCGCGGCGUCUGAGCACGUUCUCAAAGCCGCUGGUUCCGCCAUGGGAUCUGUCAGUGGUCCUGAGCGCGCUCUCUCAGUCUCCUUUUGAGCCGAUAGAGAGUAUUGAUUUAAAGCUCCUGUCGCUGAAGGUCGCUUUGUUAUUGGCUCUUUCUACCGCGAAGCGGGUUAGUGAACUUCAUGCUUUGUCAGUUCAUAUCUCCUGUAUGCGGUUUGCUUCGGAUUUCUCGCGAGUGGCUCUCAAGACUAAUCCGGCUUUUAUCCCGAAGGUGUGCGAGUCAGCUUUCGCCUGCAGGCAGGUGGAUUUGGUGGCUUUUCAUCCGCCUCCUUUUUCCUCAGCGGAGGAGGAGCGGCUUCACUGUCUGUGUCCUGUCCGUGCGUUACGUCACUAUGUUGACAGGACGGAAGGUUUGAGACGGAGUAAUCAGCUGUUUGUUUCAUGGGUCGAUUCCCGUAAGGGCAGUCCCGUUUCCCGACAGCGCCUGUCCCAUUGGCUCGUGGAGGCUAUUAUAAUGUGUUAUAAUAGCGUGGGUCUCAACCCUCCGGAAGGACUGAGGGCUCAUAGUACCCGAGGCUUGGCCACCGUGGGCGCUUUUAAGGGUGUUUCUAUUCAGGACAUCUGUGCGGCAGCAUGCUGGGCUUCGCCGCACACUUUUGUCCGUUUUUAUAGGCUGGAUGUCACGGAGCCUUCGCUGGCUCAUUCAGUCCUGAGUGUGUAAUAUAUAUUGUGUAUAUAUAUUGAAGGUAUGAUUAUAUAUACAUGUAUUGUCCAUGCUUAUGUGUUUGGUCAUGUAUACGUGUAUACGUUAGGGAAUGACAACGGGUGAUGACAUUGUGGUUCGGAUGUUUGUCAUUUCUCUCACUUUUCCUCUCUCUUCAGUGAGAGGGAUUAUCUCUUUUCAUCACAUCACUGAGUUGGUUGACACCUGCUUCGGACAGCAUAUCUGCAAUACGGGAGUUGUCUAUAUCCCAUAGUGAGAUACCGAGCGAAUGUUUGAAAGAGAACUUUAGGUUACUUACGUAACCCCGGUUCUCUGAUAACAUGAGUGAGGUAUCUCACCACACUUCCCUCCUUGCAGUGCACGGAGAAGAGAUAUGUGAGAAUGAGGCAGGGACCGCCAGCAGCGGUGUAUAUAGGGAGGCGGGACUCCC